CUCUCGUGGCAUCAAUCGUUCGUUCCAAGCUCUCCACAACUGAUGGUUAGUAUGCGCCGGAAACUUUUUGUUGGGGGUGUUACUAAAUACUUCGUGCACAGACUAAGUAGGGGAGCGCACAAUCGGCGAUGGCAACACUCGGUACCCGAUACAGGUAUAUAAGGGCUUGAAGCCCUCCAAAGAAGGGGACUUCUGGCUUCUCCCCUCACUUUUCACUUUCUCCUAUCUCUCUACACUUUAUUUCUCUAUCUAUUCUCUCAACUCUCUCCACAAACAGACACUGACUUGAUCGUCGGAGCUGAAUCCGGGGGGGGGGGGGGGGGGGGGGGGGGGCAACCCCGGCUCUUUCACAGGUUCUCUCCCUCCCGACGAGAUCGGACGAACGGAUGACGAGUCAACCCACACCAACAAUCAUUAUUGUCCCUGCCACGAGCUAGAUGGCACAAACAAUUGGCGCCCACCAUGGGGCGAUUCAUCAAUCCCGUUCGUCUGCUCUUUAAAGGAUGCGAGACCAAGAAGAUGGGGCUCCAUACCAAAGAUUUGCUAAGAUCUCACGUUAUUGGAUCCUCAGAAUCUCCUCCCAGCUUUUCUUUAUUUCCAUUUCCUCUCUUCUUUCUUCCCUUCUACUCCAUCCUCCUAUUAAACACCAAACCGCCAACCUCUUCUCCCAGAAAAUCCCUCUGCACUUCCCAAUUUCGAUUUCUCCGCCAAGUUCCACCGCAGAGACUCGGUACCGGCGGCCUCCAUUUCCCAGAUGAAAAGAUUAUCAGAACCCAAAUGAGAAGAAGCCCAAAAGCAGAAGAAACCUCCUUUGCUAGAAAAAAAUUGCUAGAACUGAGUGGGUACAAAGAACCGCUCGUGGUUUUUGAAGGGGGGGUGAGUUGAGAGUCGAAAGGUUUGGUUGGUGGUGCUGUGUUCGUCGACAUGGAGGGGUGCCAGAGCUGUCCCGUCAGCUGUCACGUCGUCUGUCUGCAACUUCUCUCCAAAAAACACGCUAUCGCUAAAGCAGUGGACACAGAUGUCGAGGCAUGCGGUUCCCGAGGCAGGGAGAGAGUUGCGACUCAAAUCAGCUCUGCCCUCCCCGCCGCCAUCACUGACUCCACGCUCUAGUACUCGACCGCGCCUUGCCGGAUUCCACCAUCGACUCGCGCUCCAAACCAUCGGCGGUGGCGGAAGAAAAGAUUCAACUGGAGAAAAGAAAUAAAAAAAAAAAAAGAGAGGGAGAGAAGGAUCUCUUGGUGGAGCGGUACUGUUCGUGAAAUAGGAAGGAGUUGUGGAAGGAAAAAAAAAUUUAGGGGAAAGGCGUACUUGGUUUGGAGUUUUAAGUGGGGCGGAGGAUCUAAAUCCCCACUGCGCUCCAACUCGUAUCCCCACUGCGAGUCUGACCCGCCUCCAAUACUUGGCCCACUCCGCUCCAACUGCAAUUGGAGGCCCACACAUCAAGUCCCCAAGCGGGCUUCCAAAGCCCCCACCAAACCCGCGGGCCCGAUCCGCCUCACGGGCGGAGUCAGCUUCAACCCAUAUGCACGGCAUUCUAUUAGGAAAAAAUAAAUGAUGAAGCUGCUUCCGCCUGGGAUUCGAACCCGUGCCACCAUUCCACCUCACAAGUGCAACGACCAGUACGCCAGAAGCCAAACUUGUAUAAUUUAUGGGAGCCGCUUUUAUAAUAAUAUUGUAUUGACACCGGCCCACGAGUUUUAUUCGAGCCACCUCUAGUCCACUCCGUGAGACACGCACUUGGACCCGGCUCCCGCCUCCAUGCGGCGCCCCAAUCACUCACGCCUCACGCGCACGGUCCAACCUCGCAUCUCCCGCCAUGCAAGAUCAAGCCCGCUCACUCUCAUUCCACAUUGGCCCGCUCACAUCCUCAACUCGCGGCCCACAACACUCGCGGCCCGACUCGCAGGCGCCCCAACUCGCGGCCCGCGUUCAGCUUCCGCCGCCUCGACACUCGCGGCCCGCAUCCUCUACGAGAUCCGCCCCUCAAGGCCUGUCAAGCCCAAGCUCCGCUUGCUUCAAAAAAGAAAAAUUGUCAUCGCAGCCAGCCUUCGAACCCGCGCCAUUCCUCCACCGGGCGGGCAUGUCAACCAGCAGACUAAAGCCAAUUAUUACUACUAAAGCGCGACGCUCCUUAUAAAUUCACUCAAUCGCGGCCCAAUUCACAACAACUCUACUAGCGGCCCGCUUCACAUCCAUCCUUUAACUCCGCCCUCAAGAAAAAAGAGGGCUCCCCGGAGGAUUCGAACCCACGUUCAAGCAUUACAAGACUAGAGUGCGGACCAGUGGACUGCAUCAUGUCAUUAACAACAAAAUGUCCGACGCACAGCUAUGAAGAGUAUACUCCGCUCCAACUCCAAUUCGCGGUCCACACUCCCAAGCGGGCCUGAUUCCACCCACUAAUGACGCACAUUCGCCUGAUUAUUUCACAGUUCGGGCUCCUCACCGCAUCACAGCCCGCGUCGCACCAGGCGCGACCCACCAGGUCGCGGCCCGCGCCGCGCACUCCACCAGCCCGCGUCGCACCAGGCCCAAUCCUCCAUGCGGGCUCGCGUCACGCAUCCAACAGGCGCCACAUCAAAAAUAUUAUUGUAGCCGCGAAGCUUCGAACUCGCGUCACUCUUCCGCGUGCCAAGCAACAAUACCAGUACGCUACAAACAUUGUUUGUGAUUCUAAGGUGCAGCGCGCUAUUUUAAAGUUUCUCAACUCCAACUCGCGUCCAGCUCUGCUUCUGGCCCAACCCUGGACCACGUCCCCCGGCCCGCGUCCUGAUCAGCCCACCAGCGCGCCCCGCUCUGCUUCUGGCCCAACGCACGGAAGUCUUCAAAAAUAAUUGUUGGCGCCGCGAGGGUUCGAACCCGCGCCACUCCUCCGCCUGGCAUGCAAUAUUACCAGCAAGCUACGUGCAAGGCCUUUGUUUCAAUGGCGCGGCAUCUCAUGUUUAACUACUCACGCCCAGUCAGUUCCACGGAACAAACAAAAAGUCGCAAUAGUCAUGAACUAUUCGCACACACUCAGUUCCACGGAACAAAAAAUAGCAAUAGUCCCGCAAUAUUCGCGCCCACUUAGUUAAACGGAACAAACAAAAAGUCGCAAUAGUCAUGAACUAUUCGCGCACACUCAGUUCCACGGAACAAAAAAUAGCAAUAGUCCCGCACUAUUUGCGCCCACUCAGUUCCACGGAACAAACAAAAAGUCGCAAUAGUCAUGAACUAUUCGCGCACACUCAGUUCCACGGAACAAAAAAUAGCGAUAGUCCCGCACUAUUCGCGCCCAUUCAGUUCGACAAAAGCGUCUCGGGACCAUCCGCUCGCGGCCUUCCAACGAAGUCGCCCGAUCCGCUCCGCGUCAAGCCCCGACCCACAAGGCAACCGCGCAAGGUCCAACUUGGUCUCACUACCCGUCGCCAACAUAAAGCUAAGUACUCUGUCCCUCUAUCAUUAUUAAAUAUUGAAAUAUUUU